ACUGACAUAAAAUCUCAAAUCUUGAAUGAAAAUGAGCAGAAAGAUUAAAAAGCGUAUAUAAUCUGCCCCCUUAUUUUGGCAAAGUGCAUAAUGACAAAAACCUUCUUCCUCAGUAUUUAUUACUCAUGUGGCCCUAAUCCUAUUCUGUAUUCUUCUGUUGAAUAGAUGUGGUUUCAGUUAAUGUUUAAAAGCAUCAAUACUCCAAAGUCCUCCGGCAGACUGCUCCAGCAACGUGUAUAUAAUAACGUUUUUUCAGCAAACUUGUUAAAAUUGCAUAUUCAAUUGACGUAUUUCCAAUAAUUAAUUGUGUUAAAUACGUUUUUCCUGCAGUCCCUGAAGGCAGCAGACAGUGCAGGGCUAAACCAUGUGCAGAUCCUCCGGCAGACUGCUCCAGCAAAAUGUAUAAUGAGGCUUUUCAACGAACAAUUGACUUGUUUACAAUACGGCCCAUUUAGUUACAUGCGUUUUUCCCACAGUCCCUGAAGGCAGCAUAGAGCCGCGCAGCAGACAGUGAAGGGUUAACCUGUGUAAUAGGAUGAAUGGAUAUUGUGGCUGAGCAGCAUCUGAUUACACACAGACGCCAGUAGGCACCGGAGGGGGGACGACACGUAUUAUCUACCAGCCGAAACUGCUUCUUAACCCCUUCAGAAGAACACAAACAUUUCUCGUUGUUUCUCAACAUUUCACUUUGGGAAUUAAAAACUUUUUUUUUAAACCGAAGCGAGAGCAAAGAGGAGCGGAGGCGAUCUUUGUCGGGGAGGAGGAGUGGGGGGGAUUUCUUCGCUUCGGGUCGGAUCUUGUCAUCGGAUAAAUGGCUGAGGGGAACCGACGGAUGACUGCGGAGGAAACUUGCAACAUGUCGCAGUUUGUCGAGUCUUAAAAGACUGAAGAGCUGCUGUGUUUUCUGUAUUUAUUCGAGGAAGAGACACGUCUGAAUUAAUCUCUGAUCGAGGACAGACAGACAGACAGACAGAAGCUCCUGCAGGAGUUUAGUCUUGUUUUGUUCCUCCAGGUUGGAGAGAAACAGGCCCGUGGAGACAGAGUGUCUUCUGUUUGGACAUCUGUCCAUCUCUGUUUUCAUCUUUAAUAAGUCUUUUUCAUAGCCGCCAUCAUUCGGUGCUGUAAGUCCGACCCCAAUAUGUCUUCUAAUGGGGACCUCAGCGAGCUGGGCAGCUCUGACAGCUUCUGGGAGCCGGGGAACUACAAAAGGACGGUGAGGAGGAUAGACGAUGGCCACCGGCUGUGUAACGAGCUGGUUAGCUGCUUCCAGGAGAGAGCAAAGAUAGAAAAAAGUUAUGCUCUACAGCUCAGUGACUGGGCAAAGAAAUGGAGGGGAGUCGUAGAGAAAGGUCCUCAGUAUGGUACGCUGGAAAAAGCGUGGCACGCCUUCAUGCAGGCGGCCGACCGGCUCAGCGAGCUGCAUCUGGAGCUGCGGCAGCGGCUGGCCGGCGAGGACGCGGCGAAGAUGCGAGACUGGCAGAAGGAUGCAUUUCACAAGCAGAUGAUAGGAGGCUUCAGGGAGACAAAGGACGCGGACGACGGCUUCCGCAAAGCACAGAAACCCUGGGUCCGCAAACUGAAAGAGGUGGAGUCCAGCAAGAAGACCUUCCAUCAGGCCAGGAAGGAGGAGUGGACGGCGGUUACCAGGGAAACGCACGCCAAGGCCGACCCGACCAAGUCACAGGAGGAAGUCCGCAAAUACACGACCCGGGUGGAGCGCUGCAACCAGGAGACCGAAAAAGCGAAGGAUCGCUACACGAAGGCGCUGGAGGAGCUGAACCGCUGUAACCCUCGAUACAUGGAGGACAUGGAGCAAGUGUUCGACCUCACGCAGGAGGCCGAGCGGAAGAGGCUGCGCUUCUUUAAAGAGCUUCUGCUGGACAUUCACACCCACCUCGACCUGUCCAGCAAGGAAGGGUUCAGAAGUCUCUACCGGGACCUGGGUCAGACCAUCCAGGGAGCCAAUGACACUGAAGAUCUCCGAUGGUGGAGGAACACCCACGGGCCGGGCAUGAGCAUGAACUGGCCACAGUUUGAGGAGUGGUCUCCAGAGGCCAGCCGCUCCAUCAGCAGGAAGGAGCGAGGUAGAGACUCUGAGGACAACGUGGUCACCCUCACCAACAUCGUCUCCUCUGGUGGAGGUGACGUCCCACCCAGUCCCAUUAUGAGCAGGGUUAAAGAUUACUCAUCAGACUGGUCAGACGAGGAGAGUCCUAAGAAGGUGUUGGCGGUCAACGGCGUGGGGGAGGCAGGGGACGAGGAGGAGGAGGAGGAGGAUCAGGUAGAGGGGGUGCGAGUCCGAGCGCUCUAUGAUUACACGGGCCAGGAGGCCGAUGAGCUCAGCUUUAAAGCAGGCGAGGAGCUGCUGAAGCUGGGGGAGGAGGAUGAGCAGGGCUGGUGUAAAGGGCAGCUGAGCAGCGGCCAGGUCGGCCUCUAUCCUGCCAACUACGUCCAGGCCCCUGCCUCCUGAUGUCCCGCCCCCUCUGCUCACCUAGCCAAUGGUAAAACAACACUUGAGAUGCCAGGACCAAUCAGAAGCUGUUAGUGCUGACAAGUAGACGCCCCCUCAGUGAAACCGAACAGAUUUCGGUAUCUGACUGUUAAACUCGUCUCAGAAUUUUUUUUUCUGUUAUUGUUUGAGCUUCAUUUUUUAAUCCAGCUGGUGGAAAAGUUCACUGGAUGUUUACUCAGUCUGAGGUCAAUGACAGUUUUGUUUGAAAGAAGCUUUAUAGGCAGAGAGGAAUGUCUUGAAGCCUGCCAACGUGAACUCACAGAACACUGUAAAAAAAAAAAAAAAAAAAAGAAAGAAAAGGAUUCCCAUCGAACUUGGACUGGAUGUUUUCAAACUCUAGAUUUUGGUUUGCAGCUCACAGCCAUCUUUUUCUGAUACGUCAGAAAAAGCUAAUUUGAUCAAAGAAAGACAAAGUGGGAGGAGCUAAGGAAUCAGAAGUAACAAUCGACCGUGACGGACUGUGACUGGCUUAAACAUCCAUCAUCACAUCUUGUAAAAAUCUGCUCUUCGUAAGGGAAUUGUUUGGCACUUUGAGAGAAAUGUCCACACUCAAUGAGAAAUGCAUACUUCAAGGCUAGCUUAUCUUAUCUAAGCAGUAGGAAGUAUUUUGGCAAGCACAACUUCAUACUCAAUGCAGAGAAGUUACAGAUACCUUCUUUGACUUUAUAUUAAGAUGGAUGACAUGUCUCCACCUCCUCAUGGUGUACAAAAAUGAAGCCAGAAUAUUCUCGCAAAGAACAGUGACAUAUUGUGCAUUGAAGUCAGAGUCUGUUCAGUAGGGAGUGCCUGGAGGAGCCGGGAUAUCGACGUCCUGUCUCUUCCAUUAACCAAACAUAUUUAAGUUAAUAAUAAAAGAUAAAACAUUAUAGAUCCCUCAGGUGGAUGCAGUUCACAGCAGAAUAGAUUAUUGUGUGGGUUUGAAGCAGUCACUAAAGGUCAUGGACAGUUUUAUUGACUCUGGUGUUUAUCUUUGCUCUGACUGUUACUCCUCUGCUCUGAUAAUCAGGUGCACUCAGCACUGCAACAAACAUGACUCCUUUCAAUAGCAUUAAAUAAGUUAUUCAAAAAACACUAGAGAAAAAAGCUCCCUAAGAAUUAACUAGAAUAACAAAAGUAAUGUUGGAAAAAUGUAAUGUGUAUUUAUAUUUUUGUUUGACCCAUGUCCAACAUGUUAGCAUAGAGGAGGCGGGUUUACGACAUAAACUGCAGCCAGGCAGUAGGAGGAGCUCUGAAUGUUUUGGCUUCACUUUGGAGAGCUGUCAUGUGGUCCAUCUUUUUAUUCGGUCUGUUUGAGAAGGUAAAUCUAGCUUGUCUAGGCUCUGCUUUUGGCUGACCGUUUCCUUCUUUCUAGUCUCUAUGCUAAGCUAGCUAAGCUAAGCUUACCAGCUGCUGGUUGCAGUCUGUUUGAUGCAGGGAUAUGAGAGCGUUCUCAAACUUUUCUCUCAACAAGAAAGUGAAUAAGCAGAUUUUCCAAAAUGUCAAUCAGUUUGUUUACCCUCAGUAUUCUUAUCAAAGAAUAAAUCAGUUACAUACAUUGAAUAAUCUUCUUCUGUUUAGGAAUUUAAAAUACUUUUUGAGUGGCUUUCAGUUUAGUUUUUAUGGUUGGGUCAUCUAGUGUUCGUCAGAGGAACUGCAGCCUCUUCAUCAUUGCUCAGCUGUGGUUGCUGAAAAUCAAGGAAAAAAACAAUGAAAGACUGAACUCAGUGCCUUAGUCAAUGAGGCUGGAAAUGUUACACAGCGCCGCCCUGCUGUCUGACCCGGGAAUUACAGCUGUCUGCAGGGUGAACAGCUGCUGAUCAUCCCUUAAAAAAAAAAAAGUGAAAUCUCUGUUGAUACCUUGACUUUAAUGUGUAAACUUUGAUUAUGCAUGCAGCAUGUGAUUGGCUGUAAACCUUUUCAUGCCCCUCCCCCUCCACAAUAAGCUUAAUGACAGUCAGCUUCAGUUAUUUUGUAGAUUUUUAGGUGCGACACUGAAUUCACUUCCUCUCCUCUUUUGAUUCUUGUUUUUUAAUUGCAAUAGCUGUAAGUUUAUAAUAAGUCUUUUCUUUUAAGAAUGGUGUAAACUGUUGCUACCUGUUUCUUUUAAACUUUUUUAAGUAGCAUUUUUACUGUCAACUUAUUUCUCCGUAAUCUGUUACCCUUUUUUGUUUUAGAGAUCGUCUUUCUUUUUACCGAGGCUGGGAGAGAGAAAAGUUGACUGUAAGCUUCAGGUCAUUUCACCUGUGGAUUGUGGUUUGUUGCUGGUCCAAGAGAACUGAUUGUGUUUUGUCUGGUUUGGGGAUUUCCUGUUUGGUUUUGUGAGGGACCCUCCUCUGCUCUGCUGAUUUAGAGCAUCGCUAACAGCUAAGCUAACCCAUGUAGACUUCCAAGUAAUGAGAGAUAAUUAAUGCUAUUGUGCUGCUCCUUUGCUUUUAUUUCUGUGUACAGAACAUAAAGUGGGAAGACAUAAUAAAAAGCUUUCUGCAGCUG